AUGCAAUUUGUGUUCAUCAUUCAUUUGAUCAGUUUGGUGCUGAUAUUUGUUAUGGUUCAUCGUGUCUUGAGCGAGGGAUGUAACAACGCCAAUUGGUGGGUAAGCUUGGAUAGGCCCUCGAGAUGGUCGGUGUGUCCAAGAAAUAACACCUACCUAAGGGGAUUCUGGAGGAGUCCACACAAAACCGGAGAUGAAAGAGUUGGACGCCUUGAAGAAGGAAGAUGCUGUGAUGCUGCGGAGCCGCGUUACGCCGGUCAGCCUUCAAGAUGUGUAAAUGCAAACUGGUCACGCACGUUGAAUGGGUGAGCCAAGCUCUUCAUGAAAAAAAUUUCAAAUAUGGUGGCGUAAAACUACUAUGCGGACGUUGUGUCUAGUUUCAACUUUAAAAGGAUUGAUUACAAGUUGAAAACAACCAAUUGCUCACCUGGAACAAACUUCGGACAAACUGAUACUUUGGAAACUCAGAGACAAAUAUCAUAAAAUAAGAUUUUGAUACACAUUCCUUAAAAAGAAAAAGGAGAACCCUGUAAAGAUAAAAACUUGCCCAAAACGCCAAUUUCUAAUAGCCAAAUGGGGACAAAAACUAAUGUUUCUUCGCGAAUUUCGCCAAAAGUAAUAAACCCAAAAAAUUAAAAACCCAAAAAUUUCAGACACAGUUUAUUUUUGUUUUCUUUCUUUUUUUCAGAUUUAAUGUCUGGGCUUUGUGUCCAAAAGGCUUUUACAUGAAUGGCAUCAGAACAGGAUCUUAUCCCCCCUUGCAAUCAUUUUUGAACAACAUCGAAGAGGCAAGAUGUUGCCAUCCAAUGGAUCAUCCCAGCAGUUAUGCAGACUGUUACGAUGAAGAUGUCGCUAUUUCAUUCAACAACAAAGGUUGGAGUGAAUGCCAGAAGAAUGGUUAUUACAUGACCGGUUUCUACAAAAGUAACUGCCAUGAACUUAAAUGUAUUGACAAGUUCAGAUGCUGUAAACAUCUAUUGAGAAGAAAUAGUAGAGAUGGUAAGUUUUGAGCUCGGUGAAGAAUUAAGAAAGAUGUUUUUUCGUCUUGUCACGAGCGUGAGAUGAAGAAAAAUUCUGAGACAAGACGAAAAAACAUCUUUCUUAAUCUAUUGAGAAGUUCAGAUGCUAAAAACGGUAAUUAUAUUGUUGUACAACUAUUUCUUUAUACAAAAAGAGACAAAAAUAAAGAAAGACUUUCUUGGAGAAUCUUUAAUUUCCCAAAGUUGCGAUGCGUCAGAGGUUAGACUCAAACGAUUUUAAGUGACCUAUACCACUUGCUUUUUCAUUUCCUUGGGGUUUUCUUUCCCCAAUAAAUUUCAAAAGAAAUUUCCAAUAAGACUUUUACAUUUUGACCUACAAGACAUACUCGGAAACUAAGAUUAAAGUACUGCUACCUUUUACCACCACAGUUACUAAAUCUAUAACAAUAAAAAUAUGUAAGCAUGUAUGAUUUUAUAUUCACAUAUUACCUCAUGUUAAUCAACAGGGCAAUCAAACCUAAUUACAGAUCUACAGCUAGAGGUAUACAAAUCUUGGGCGUUUUCUAAGCUAGUACAAAGUUCGAUUUGUUUUGGACGUGAGCCGGAAAAACAGAGUCCAAUACAUCGGUCGAAGCUUCUGUUUUAGAGGCUAUUUUGUUCCUUUGAUAAUUUCCCACCGGAAAACUAUCAAACUACAAGAUGGAAAUUUUUUCAUCAAUAAACAGUCGUUACAGGUUUUCUCCCAGCGAAAAAUCCCGAGCAAUUGUCGAAUGGAUACCUUCUUCGAUUAAGACACUUAGAAGAAAGCCUUUGUCAUUAUUGAUCUGCAACGCACCAUGGGAACAACCCCAGCCAGGAUGGUGUUCAAAAUGCCGCCAUAUGAGAUUUUUUCCAAAACUUAGAAUAGAACCCUUUGCGUCGGUUAGAAGCGUGCUAUUUUCCCUAAAAAUGGUAGCAAGUUAGCACUGUCAUUUCAAAAUAUUUUGCCAUGAUGUUACCUUUUGUAACGUCGCAUUCCGUUACCUUGACCAUUCCGAACCUUGAAGCGCUAAUAUAAAAUCUUCGUGAACAGAAGUGUAUCUUGAAACGAUCAUGUUUUUUUUUUCUUUCUAACCACCCUUAACUUGUCGACCAGGUUGAUGCCAUUAUUACCGGUAGUUACCCUUCCACCAACUUAAGCACGGUCAUCACAAAAUUUCUCAAUUUGACAAAGACUGGGGACGAGCUUAAACUCAACCUAAGCGAACUUUCUCUCUCCGUGGAUAUGCUUAAAGAAAUUGUGCAGUACAACUCGAUGAAAAACAACAGUGCGAUCGGUGCAACAUCAGACCAACAAAACAUCGUGAAAGUGGCAAGUAAUUUACUGGAGGAGGAAAAUAUAAAAACAUGGUUGCCGUUGCAGGAGGUACUUUGCUGAUCCUGAGAAAAGUUUUAAUUUCUUUUUCUUUGUUACAUUUCCUUAUCACAAGCUGUAUUUUCCUGUUUCUUGAUUGAAACAGAACGGUAAACAGCCUUUUAGCCAUCACUUUAUUCUUCUAUAGAGACAACAAGUUCCACAAGUUAUAUGAUUAUAUGUCGGAUAAGUCCGUGGUUCUCAUGAUGAAGUACAUUUAAUUUUUUUUUUUUAAUUUUUCAUUUGGUAAGGUGAGAUGCCAAGGACUGGCAUGGGUAGUCCAAAGCAUAUUUUAGCAAACCAAGCUUCUUGUGAAAUGUUACUUUUGUUUUUGUUUAUUUUUUGUUUCCUCGGUUCAUUUUUGCUAUACGCUAGAAUGGAACGUGGCACUAAUGAAGCUUCAAAUAAGAGAAAUUUAGACCAAGAGUAAUCAUUAUUUAAAUCCCGGUUGAGUACUAAAAGCUUUUCAAACAAACGGCCUGAACCCUAUGUAACAUGACAUACUUAUAGCAAGAUCUCCCUGAGUGAUUUUAAACCCUCUUUUUGUUAAUUAAGAAUACCUGACUGUUUAAUUUUUAAUGGACAAAAAUACAAAUGGAUUUAAAUUUUGCAAGGCUAUUUUUGGAACCCUUCGUAUGCCCCUUCACUGAUUGUUUGCAUUCACUAGAGAAAAUUUAUUAUCUUAAGCUUGACUUUAUUAAAAUCCAGAAAAGGGGAAACAUCACUGACAAACUUCUGAAGACUAUGGACGACUUUGCUUUUCAAGUGAGCAGUAAUCUUGGUAACUCAACCAAUAAAUUGGAGUUAUUAUCAAAAAACAUCGCUCUUAGAGUUGAUCGCUGGAACCCAAAACAUGAGGUAAGUCAAAGGUCGAUGUUAAAAUCUUUUUAGACUGCUUUGAACCAUAAUGUUAGUUAAUUCAGGAACAUUUCUGUAACUAUGAAUCGGUUUUAAUGACAUAUUUCAUUGAUUUCGUGACCUUUCGGUCUGAGUGAAUAUGUAUUUGUAUAUUUCAUUCCUAGUUGAAGGUUGACUUCGCUCAAUAUGGCGCAACAAUCCUUGUUCCUGGUUCAGCGAUCUCGGACAUAAUGGAAACUCGCAUGUCCACCAUUGCCUACAGAACACUUAAAAAUGUCCUUAGGCUUCCAGUAGAUGGACCCAGUAAUAAUCAGAGCGCCGGAGGUAGGCUUCGGAGGAGUGGCACAAGCAUUGUUUCUGUCACUAUUCAUGAUCGUGUAUCUGGUUCCCUGAGUAAACCUAUCAAGCUGGCUUUUAAUCACAAUAACAAGGUAUUGAUUGUUUUGUAUUGUUAGUAAUACGAGUUGCAACAACAGCGCAUGGGAAACCUACUCCCGUCAGUUUUAUGGGUUAAAAAAUGCUGCUGGACAAUAUUAAUAGACCUCAGUUCUUAAUAAGGGUAAUCGUCGAUAAAUCGUUUUUAUUCUAUACCUAUCCAAUUGAGCACAGUGAUAGCUGUUGGCAGAUCAGGUCAUCAUUCAACUUCAUAAAGGUUCCAGGGAAAAUUUUAUGACACUGGUUCCUGAAAUAUAAAUUUUUCUCCGGUAUAGCGUCUCUUGAACAGUAAGUCCUAAAAACCAAGUGAAAAAAGGGUAUUAUUUCAUAGGGGAAAUGAAUCAGCUUGGUGUUGCUUUUUGAGAGUUUAGUAUCAUUCUCAUGCAUUAUCUCUUUUUUUUUUUGUUUUUGCAACGUAUCCUGCUGUCUAAGUUUUAAUCGUAACACUUUCAUUGCAGCGUUCUGAUUUGAUUGGACAGUGCGUUUUCUGGGAGAUCGACCAAUUGCAGAGGACGUGGCUAACGCGUGGAUGUGUUCGCGUUGAUCGUGAGUCAAACUCGCGUGUAACCACGUGCGAGUGUGAUCACUUAACCAUCUUUGCAGUCUUACUGAACAACAAGCCAGUGAGUGUUUCUCUUCAGUCCGAUAUUUUGAAAUAGACAUUGUUCGAUCAUUUUCUUUAUUUUUUCACUAGAAUCGCAAACAAUUCGCCAAAAACUCCUUGAUUUACUAUUUGUUACUUUUUUCUAUUUCGUCACUGGUCUCAUGUCGAAAUAAAAUACUCAUAACGUAUUUUUUACCUCUUAAUAUAUUACACAACUUCCACUUAUUUAAAUUCUUCUUUCUUUUCUUGUUGCUACUUGUUGCCUAAUUCAUGAAAAUUUCCACAUAGUUUUUUUCUGGUUUUCAUUUCAGGUAAAACCUCGUCAUCAGCCGUACUUCAAAUAUAUUUCUACUGUAGGUUGCGCAUGUUCACUUUUCUUUCUGGUGCUCACUUGUGUGACAAUCUUAACCUGUUGGAAAAAGUUGAGAAGUUUUCGGAUAACAAUGUUACUGCAUUUGUUUGCUGCCAUUUCGGUUUCUUGUCUUCUAAUUAUUAUAGCUGGAAAAGCAGAAAGACCAAAGGUAAAUAUCAAAUGUGUUUCGGUACUCGUUUUUAAAAAAACUGUGUCUAUGCGUCUGUACUGCUGUUCAGUAAUAGAUCAAAUAUGAGAUAAAAAUGAAGUAAGAACAGAAAGGAGGCAAAGGAGCGCACCCGUAUGUCAUGGAUUUUCGUGAUUCAUCUUUAGUUUUCUGUGAUCUAAUACAAAACAGAGGCAUUGCAGCAUGGAAUUGAUUUGCUCAAUAUAAGGAAGUAGAACAGUCUUACUUGUGAUGUCAUCUGUGCUUCUCUCCUUUAACAGAUCAUAAAAAAGAUCCAAUCAAAAUUCAUGCUUAAUUUUACGUAUCAUAUAAUAUUUUUCAUUUAUUCAUAGAUAUAUUUUACAUUCACAGGAGUUAUGCACAACAACAGCAGUGUUACUCCAUUAUUCCCUCCUGUCUGUAUUUUUCUGGAUGCUGUGUUAUGGUGUUAUGUUGUACUUCCUGAUAUUAAAGGCUGAACGGCCAGAAAUUCUGGCAUUGAAAAAGAAAUGGUUCUACGCUCUAGGAUGGGGUAAGAGCAUCACUCCUUCAACAAGUACAUUUUUAUCCCCAUAUACAUUGGACGUUUUUAAGCACGAAAAUGUAACGCCUCAUUUAAAAGGGUCAGAAAAUUUUGUAGUUGCUUUUGUUAAUACUUAAUUCAUUUCUGGCUGUUCCAGGUGUUCCAGUCCUAAUAGUGGCCAUUUCUCUGACAGUAACUGGAAUCAAGUCCUAUGCAGCAAAUAACUGUUGGCUUACAACAGAACAUUGGCUCAUUUAUUGGGCGUUUGUUGCUCCAGUUGCCGUAAUCCUAUUAGUAAGUAUACUCUUUUAACAAUGGAGCUCCUUUUAUGGUGUAAGAUAUAUUUUAUGCAGACACCGUUUAAUAUGAGGUUUAAUAUAGGGUAUCGCACUAGAGGAUUUUUUCGAAAAAAUAUCUGAUCUUAUUUUUUUCUCAGCUCGUGAGUGGACGGUAUUCUACAAAUCCUGCAAUCUUAUUUGUUCCGAGAGCGGGCAAUAUUCUCUCCAUCGGGCCCGUUCACAGCGGGCGGUUCUUUUUGCAACCAUUUGUUAGGUUUUUAAAAAAAAUAAGAAUGUUAUUCACCAGCCAAGGUCGGUCCGUGUUGGGAAAAACUGUGCCUUCUGUGUUUUGUACCAUACGAGGCCUACGGCCUCAGGCGGUAUCCAAGACCUCGGGCACAGUUUUUCCUAAUACGGAUCUCCCGUCUGGUGAAUAACAUAUAUAUAUUUUCUGGCUUAAUCAAAACGAUUUUUUAUGCAUGUCAUCAUGGUUAAGAAGCUUAGUCGGAGAUAAGAAAAUCUUAGGAAUAAAAGGAAUGGUAAACUAUGAGGGCAAAACACUCAUAAGCAGAGACAAGAAGAAGGAUUUCGAUUUGUUUUUUGUUUUGUUUCUUUUUUUCUAUCUUUUCUUCUUUUAUCAAUCCUCUUGUGAAUUUUUGCCUCUAGAUCAACUCAAUUCUGAUAAUUAUCUUGCUUCGUGGGAUACUCAGAGCGACUAAAACCAAAAACAACAAAACACCUGCCAAGCACGUGAAGGAUUGGUUGAGACGUUUUGCAAUGCUGCUGCCAAUUCUGGGUAUUACGUGGUCGUUUGGCUUUCUCACGUUCAUUACAUCAACAGCUGUGUUUCAUUACAUAUUCACCAUCUUGAAUUCAUUCCAAGGAGUUUUCAUAUUUGUGAGCUUCUGCAUUUUAGACGAUUCGGUAAGUCCUUAUUUUUUUAUCAUAAGCUUCGAAAGGCCAAGAAUUGCUCCCUAUGAUUUUCCUUGUACACCCAUAGUAUUUAUAUUAUAUAGACUUUUGAAAUUACGUGAAAAAGCUGAGCGAAAAAAGACUUAAGAACAAGUCUCUGUAAGAAUCAAACAUCUUGGGAAAUGAAAAUUUUCAACCCCCCUUCAAAUUUUGCAUGCAGUUAGGCACUCAGGGGGGAUGCACAAAAAUACCCUUUUUAAAGGUCGCAGCACUCUUGUUGCCAUGGUAACAACGGCUGCUUGUUCGAGGCCUGGGGCCUCAUUUUCAUACAAAAACGUCGCAAAAAAAGAGUGAAAUGUUUAUUUCUCUAUCUCAAGCUAAAUACAACAUUACAAAUUGGCACUUCUACCAUACAUAGUGACAUCAUUCGUUAUUUUGCCAGUCGAAGAUUAACUCAGUCCACGGUUUUAAACAGCUCCUUUAUUGAAUCAUGCUUGGAGUAGUCGCGUUCAAAAUCCAGUGGUGUCUCACAGUUCUUCUGACUAGCAAGUCGUAAUGCAGUGAAUUCCGUUUAUGACGUCAUCACGUUAUGCGAUUAGUAUUAAUUAAUUGAAAAUUGUGGCCUUAAUUAGCUAGCGCAGUAGAUAACAUAUUAAGCAAUACAUUCGUCUUCACUUUGAAAGAAAAGACAGAAAGCGCAAAUCUGCUGACAUAUAUGAAAAAUAUCCAUCUCCUGUCUUUUUUGGAGCGACCGAUGGAAACUUCAUGGAGAAAUGCAGCGUCACGCCAUCGUGAUAACGUACAUGUUUAUGACAAUUGAUCGGUGUGAGGAUACUUCAGUGUAGAUCAGCCGACUUCAACAUUUUUCAAAUGACGUACAAGUAUAUCAGUGUAUCUUCAGAGGACUUCGGGUUGCUCAAAUUUCAUGAAAGAAGGGGCAGCACUCGGAAUCUGGAUGAUAUGCACACGAUUUGAGGUAUAUGUUUAAAGUUACGUCGAGUAGUCCUCCAUGAAGUUUGAUCAAUUUCUUUUUUAAAAGAUGACUACCAGAGUUGAGAUUUCUCCUCGGGAUAUUGCUCAUAAGAUAACAUUCUUCCAAAGCCGUGCAUGUUUCAUUUGUCUGAAACAUUUGUUGUUGAGAAUAUCAGAUGUCAACAUCGCCAAAUUAUGCAAUAUCUGAUUUUGAGCUUUUUUCGCGAAUGGCCCUCAUAAAAAGUAGAGGCAGGCCCGCAGAGACUUUUACAUAUUUAAAAGCUAGAAUAUUAUAACCAGCUAGGUGGGUAGUUUCAGUUCCAGAAUCGGUGUACUUUUGGAGAAUUUCAGAUAAACGUUUUCCCUGUUUUACCCGACAACAAAAAUGACCGAAAUUGUACCGACAUGAAUAAUCUAUUGGUGCGUUCACAUUCACUCUCAGGGAAAAUUGAAUAAAUCAAAGUGAAGACAAAUGAUGUCACUAUGUGUGGUAGAAGUGCCAAUUUGUAAUGUUGUAUUUAGCUUGAGAUAGAGAAAUAAACAUUUCACUCUUUUUUUGCGACGUUUUUGUAUGAAAAUGAGGCCGCAGGCCUCGAACAAGCAGCCGUUGUUACCAUGGCAACAAGAGUGCUGCGACCUUUAAAAAGGGCAUUUUUGUGCAUCCCCCCUGAGUGCCUAACUGCAUGCAAAAUUUGAAGGGGGGUUGAAAAUUUUCAUUUCCCAAGAUGUUUGAUUCUUACAGAGACUUGUUCUUAAAGUAUUCAAAAGCAAAUGCUUGAAGCUCAGAAGUGAGGCAAGUGGGAAAAAAGGUGCGUGGAUAUAGUUUUACGUCGGCGAGGUUUUUAAACGUCGACUUACUAUGCAGUUACAGUAUCAAGUAGAACGUAUGAAUUCCUAAGGUACUUUUGGUUUGUUACUUGUUGUUCCAAAGUGAAAGAAAGCCCUCUGUAAAAAUCUCACACCCACUGAACUAAUGUUCGUCUGAAAUCGGUGGUCACCUCAGUUUUACCCUGCAAGCUGUUAGUUUUUAUCCCCAAACGGCAGGUUAAUCUCAAUUUGCUUAUUACAGACUUAAAUGCAGGAAAAUAUAUGAUCGGCGAGAUGGAUGAAGUGACGAACUUCUUUUAAUUAAAUUUUCAUUAGGUUAAAAAAUCUGUUAAGAGUAUUUUGUGUGAGAGAAUGAAUACAACCAAGAGAGACACAAGAAGAAGGAAACGCCAUUUUUCAGCUGUAAAUACGGGUAAGAAUUGACUAAAUAGAAUUAAGUUGAAUGUUUGAGUUGAUUGCUGGACUAGCUAUGUUUCAAUUAUGCAUCUUACCUGUGGUAAAUGACUGAUGCGAUGGCAAACAAAUGGACGUGCUUGCCUGUAAGAUGAGCAAGAAAUGUGCGCCAUAAAACUUCCCUCUCUAGUGCCAGAUUAAAGAUAACUGGACAUUGUUAGCGAGGCUUCUUUUCACUUUCGGUUUGUUUGUUUUGUUUGUCAUUUCUUUUUAGUCGUUUUUGUUGUUGUUGCUUUCAUGGUUCCAAACGGACUCGAGGUUUUUAGAAUCGUAAAUGGAUGGACGGAACUCGGGCCAGAUGCAGCUAGGCAACUUUUGUAUAAUUUUUAUCAUGAACUAAAAGCAUCAUAAAGAAUUAAUCGAGAACUGUGGGCUGUUAAGUCUAAUAAUAAGUUGAGUGCCAAGGAUUCUUAAGAAGGGAUGAAACGCUUUGUUCUCCAAGUUCUGACCCUAUAUCAAAUCAUUAAGUAUUAUAUUUAACGCCAGAUCUUCAGACCGGAUCUUUACAGUGAUCUCAAUAGUUUAGACGGCACAUCAUCGAAGAAGUUCUCUCAUGUUCUUAAUUCUGAUUCAUGUUGCAGAGUUACAACUGAUUUAAAAAGAAACAUGGAACAUUUCACUUGGAAUAGCUUAUUACCGCUGUACAAUGUCCUCCACAUAUUAUCUCUACCUUUAAUGGUUCUGCUUUUACUUUGUUUUUUUCUUUUGUAUGUUUGCGUGAGUAUUGAUAAAAUUGAUCAUUUCCUCGGACACUAAGCUACCUCUUGGCCAACUGAGGUUUGAACAUCGUGUUCAAUUUUAUGGUAAUUGUCUAAAAAG